CGCUCGUCGCUCCGCUCCUCGACUCGACCGACUCGCACGAUGGACCCAUCAGCAGCGCCCAUCUCCAAAUCCCAGUUCUCGCCGGCCGCGUCGGCGCUGUAUCCCCCCAGCGCGACGCACAACACGAGCGUGAUUGGGAGUGUUGCGACGCUCACAGCGUGCUUCUCGGGCGCGAUAGCCGGCAUCCUCGGCCUGACAAACCUGACCGGCUUUGCGCUGUACCUCGCGACGGCGGUCGCGACGGGCGUGACGGUCGCCGCGGUCAAGUGCAACUUUGACGUGGGCAAGUACUCGCCCCAGGCGCACUCGGACGCGGGGCCGCAGGGCGCCGUUGUCGUGGCCUCGUGGAAGGGCUGGGUCGAGCUCAUGGGCCUUGGGCAGGAGAAUCUGCUCGGGUUCUUGUUGUUCUGGAUUGGCGGGUAUGCUUUGAUUCAUGUGUAUGACUAGUGGGACGGCGAUGUAUAGACGGUUUAACAGUGG